GUGAGUGCACGUCUGGAUUAGCGCACACGGAUGUACGCGCGCACCCGCUAGGACACCUCUGGUGCCAUGUCUUCGUUUGGGAAGCUCACGGAGUACUUCAGCCUGAGGAAGUCGAGGACCGAGUUCCGCUCAGAGCGGCGGAGUGGCCGGCGCAGUGGCAGCUACUGCUGUAGUGUCAAUGAAUGCAGAUCACUGGAUAGAAAACUGCAACGGCCUCUCCUAGGGAAGUCACGGACACUUCCUAGCAUCCCUCAGUCACCUGUCUUAAGCAGGGUUCCUCUCCUGGAUUCAAAAUUGUACAGAGAAGACAUGCCAGAGCAGAAGCAGUACAAGAACCACUCUGCCUCCGACUGCCAGAAAGGGUGCACAGUGCCCUCUACUGGUGAGGCCUGGCGACUGGAAGACGACUGUAUGGACUCUGUGGGGGACCCUGCCCUUCGUCCACAGCUCCGCACUGCCGUGGAUGAGGCUCCUUUCAGCUACUUCCGUACGCGGUCCUUCUACAUGAGGAAAAGCCUGUCUGUGGACAACCACCUGAGCUCCCUCAGCUACUCCAUCCAUCCCUCAGAGACAAAGGCUGAGCGUGUCAAGACCAAGCUCCGGAGACAGUUUAGCCUGGGGUCAGCAGACAAGAAGGACUUUUACCAACAAAAGUCUGAGAGCAGUUUCUCUAAGUUUGCCCAUCGCUUAUCAGUUAAGCAGAAGCAGGAGAAGAGGAGGAAAGCUGAGUAUGUCUCGGCUGAGCUGGCCGCCUUCCGUCCCAGGUCUCUGAGCAUUGAAUGGUCUUCCUCACCUAAAAUGACACAGCAGAUGAGGGACCUCCAGCUGGCCCAAGCCAGGAAGCCCCCAGGCCCCUCCUCCCCCAAUGCUGCCAAGAGACUUUACCGCAACCUUUCAGGGAAGUUCCGCGUCAACUACACGUCAUUCGAUGAGGGCAGCUUGGUGGGGAAGAGCGAGAAGGAAAAGCUGCGCAAGUCCUACCUUUUUCAAGGCAAUGCUGCUCUCUUUGAGGCUGUUGAACUGCAGGAUCUGGACAGAGUACAAGAGCUGCUGAAGCAGUACAGCCCAGAGGAGCUGGACCUUAACACCCCUAACAGUGAGGGGCUCCUGCCAUUGGAUAUUGCCAUCAUGACCAACAAUGCACCCAUCGCCAGAACCCUGCUUCAGGCCGGGGCCAAGGAGAGUCCACACUUCAUGAGCUUGGAGAGCCGUGCCCUUCACCUGUCAACACUGGUACGGGAGGCAGAACAGCGAGUCAACGAGCUCACGGCUCAAGUGGUGAACGAAGCCCCCAACACCGACUGCUCUGAGAAGGAGAAGCAGCUGAAGGCCUGGGAAUGGCGCUACCGGUUGUACAAGCGCAUGAAAGCUGGGUUUGAGCAUGCACGUGUGCCAGACCCACCAGCUAACGUUCACCUCUCCGUGGCCAGUAGCACUUCUGUGCAGGUUACCUUCUGGGAGCCCCUCAGUGUGAACUCAGCAGUUGUCACCAAGUACAAAGUGGAGUGGAGCUGCUCCCCAACCUUCUCCCCGCCUCUGGGGGAGGCUGUGAUCGACAAGCUGAGGAACCUGCACUUCACCAUCCGGGGGCUGGUGUCGGGCACAGCAUACUAUGUCCAGGUGACUGCUUACAACAUGAAAGGUUGGGGACCCCCUCAGGCCUCGGUGCCACCCUUUGCAAUCCCCUCAAACUGGCGUGAAUAUGAUGGGAGAGCACCAAGACGAAGGGGACAGGCCGAAGCCUUGGACCAUCUCCUCAGCCAGGUGAAGACAGUGCAUCAGCACUGCGUCUGCCAUGAACCCUGCAAGAACCAGCCACAGAGCAGGAAGCACUCUGUCUCAAAGAGCCUUAAGCACCUCUUCCACCCUGGCAGCAAGUUCCUGAAGACACUGAAAAGGGGCCUGUACCUGGCAUCCAUUUUUUACAAAGAUGACAACAUUCUAGUCACGCAUGAAGAUCAGAUCCCUGUGGUGGAGAUUGAUGAUACCUACUCUUGCCUGCUCAUGCAGGACUUCCUUUGGUUCACCAAGGUAUCUUGCAUGUGGGAUGAGAUCCUGUGGCUGCGUCAGUGCGUCACUGUCUCCCAGUCGUCCUGUUCCUGCAUCUUGCAAACACGCUUCAAGAUGCUGCUAGCCAUCUCGCAGAUGCAGGGGCUGCUGGGAAUCCAGGACCUGGGACAGGCCUUCUUUGAGCCAGUCAAAGACAAGCAAGGCAACAUUCUGAUCAUGACCCUGAAGGAGGUGAAGACGAACCAGACGUUUGAGAGUGUCCGCUGGGUUCCCGUCUCCAAGCUGCAGGGCAGCCGCAAGUCUGUCUCCUCCCCUGAAGAACCUACAGCCCUGGACAUAUUACUGAUCACAGUACAGGACAAGCUGGCUUACCAUCAGAGAAGCAGCCAGGCCCUUGCCCCAGGUCUCUACCUGGGCUACCUAAAGCUCUGCAGCGCUGUGGACCAGAUCCGUGUGCUAGUGCCCGACCGGUUGCCCAACAUCCUGUGCCAUGUGAAGAUACGGUCUAAUUCCAAUAUCUCCAGGGAGGAGUGGGAGUGGCUGCAGAACCUGGCCAGUGCAGAGGAAUCCAUUCCCACAGAGCCAGAGUCUGAGACUUCCCAGAACCUCUUGUAUCAAGAGCUCCAAGUGGCCAUUAAGGAGCUGAUGAACCUGGUCAACAUCCCACUGCAAGAGGCCAAGGAUUUCCGUCUGUACAGCCAGGAGGUGCUGGACUUCGGGGGCCAGGUCUCUUUUCUCCUGCUGAUGCCUCCAUCUGAUGAUGUCUGCACUGCCCCAGGCCAGAACAACCCUCACACUCCCCGCUCUGGCUUCCUCACACUGCCUCUCCAGAUCUUUGAGCUAGUUCACUUUUUCACAUAUGACCGGGAGUUCAUCACUCAGUAUUGUCAGGUGUCUGCACUUUUGGAGCUCGAGUCACUUCUCUCACAGCAGAGCCUUAGGGAAGCCUUCUCAGACUCCGAACUAACCACUGCUAAACAGAGGCACCAGCAGGUUCAGGACUACAUACAGCAAAUGGAGGAAAUCUGGCGUGAGAUGCGCUGGAUUAUGGAUGCCCUGCAACAUGCACGGUACAAACAGCCAUCCUGUGGUGUGCCCCUCACCUGGUUCCUCCAUGAAUCCACCAGUGCAAUGAAGGAGAAAACCCAAUCCACCUCCUCCCACCUGGAUUACCUCCCCUCACCUACCCCCUCUCCAGAAACCAGCCGCAAGCUCAAUUCCGAUUCCCAUGGGCUCUCGGAUGAGGAGGGUUCCUCGGAGGUGUUCCUGGCAACAGACAGUGACUAUGAUUCUAGCAGGGCCCAAAGCCCCAAGGAGCUGGAUCUGGUUUAUUCAUCCUCGGGGCCUGAUUGCUGUGGCAGGAAAAUCACCCGGACCUUGAGGGACAGUGCCCCUGACGUCCUGCAGACCCAUGAACUCAAGACCCCACCUCUGCCUUCUGAGGAGCCCCGCCCACCCCCAGAGCUGUACGACAGUGACUUUGUCCUGCCCAGCCGGCAGAUUGAACUCCUGCGCAUCACAGAGAAGCGUCAGGCUGUGGCCCGGAAGUCCUGUCCUGGCUCUGUCGACAGCUCCCCAACAGAAACCAGGACAGCAGCCCACUGUGGCCUGCUCAGACUGGGGACUGGCUCAUCUUUCAGCCCGGAGCAUAGCCAAGCCAUCGAGAACUCUGAGCCCGUCUUCCGAACACGCUCAGCUGAGUGGUCUCGCACCUUCCAAGAGACCCUGGAGCCAGGAUGCUUGACAAACCGGGGGAAGAAGCCAGACUCGAUCACCUUACGAGUCUGCCCUCAGUACGAAACCGGACUCUCCAAAGAAACCAGCAUCAAGACUGCUCACUCCUUGCCUGUUUACUAUGGAUUUGUCUUAAACAUGGUGGAAAUCCAAUCCAGUCUUCUCCUAGGUCACCAUUCCUCCCUCAGUCCACAGCCUCUUCCACAACCCAUCCCAGUUACACAUCACCAACAAGACAUCAGCAGGGGAGGUGGUGAAGCUGGUGGUGCUUGAGAUGAAUGACAUCUCUAGGAACAUGCUGGGCAACGCAGAUGCCUUUUGCUAUGGUGAAGAGCAGCUGGACCACUUUGGACUGGUGUUCGUGUCAGACGACGCUGAGCAGUGGCUACCUGAUGACUUCUUGCCCAUUUCACUCCAAAAUGCCUGGCUUGGGGGGCGGUUCUACGUCCGAAUCAAAGAGACAUCCCCUCUUUUGUUCCAGUAUGGGCCAGCAACCACAGUAUGAGAGGAGGAGAGUGGACUGGGGGAAACUUGAGGAACCUCAACUUCCAUUGAGCAAACAGCUCAUUUCCAAUGCUUCCUUCCUACCCAGACACCCUCCCAUCAGACGUCCACAGUGUGGAAUAGGAUCGUACUGGGCUGUGUGUUAUUUGUUUGUGUAUUUUUUUUUAACCAAAGACACAUCAAAACUCGUUUUUUAUGACUGCAAGAGAUGAGGGUGGAGCACAGGAGACUUCAGAGUCUUGGGAAUUGGUAGCUGGAAUGAAAUUUUUGAAAGUAAAUACUUGUGGGGGGGAGGAAGAGUGAGUGGGAAAAAUCACACAGAAGAAGAAGCAGCAAUACAUAACUUUUUUUUUAAUCUCCAAGUUUGAGAAAGCCACAGAGAUUUCCAGGUGGUGUCAGUAGUGUCAGCGAGGAAAGGGGAGAGCUUGCAAAGACCUUGUAGAGAAGGUUGUUUUGUUAACUGUCCUUGUUUCACUGUACCUGGAGAAACACAAUAUUGCACAUCGUUCUUGGAACAAAAUGAUUUUUUUUUUCUUUAAAAGAAUAGUGCAAGAGACACUGGAGCUGUGAGAGUGCCGGACAUACUUUUUACUUGUUUUAAAGGCAGAAGGAAACUACACACCACACAAACACCUACACGCACACACACAAAUGUUGAUGUUGCCACCACAGGUUUGCU